AUGGACGAGCCAGACUUCUGCUGUGAAUUUGGUGCCAGAGAAGCUGCUCAGAAACUUGCGCUUGAAAUGAAUCUUGCAGGACAUCAUCGUCUUCCACAAAGUCGAAGUUCCCAAAUCAACCUCAAGAACGGCAAAGGUCUCAAUCUUCAUGUGGGUUUUGCAGAUGUGACCGAGCUGAGAAUGAUUCGUCCUUGGCAAGACGAAGAGUUUGCACGAAGUUGUGAACCUGAGCUUGUACAAGCUGACGCCCGAAUUGCAUCCAUCCACAAUGAUAUCGCCCAGAACCAGUCGAGUAGUGCCGGCAAUUCUGUUGCAGAUCCCAGGGUUGAAGUUUUGUGGAACAUCCUACAAGAUGAAGGUGCCACUGAGCUUUUGGAGGAAGGGCCCGUCAUCUAUUUGAGUAUGAAGAAUGGGUUGAAGAGUUCAAGCUUGUCUGGGGUGAUCUAUUUGACAGACAAGCUCCUUAUGAACUACAUCUUGUCGAGCCCGAUCUUGACGACGGCGCUCUUUGAUGAGCUUCCAACGCCCCGCACUCUGGAGAUGGCUCACAUCGUGCAUGUUUGGACAGACUAUCCUACAAUCUUGCGUCGGGCUGAAGCAUAUGAAGCAUGUCAAGAAGCAGAACGGCAGGAACUACGACCCUGUGUUCUCCGAGCAGGUCGUUAUGUUUUCCCACGCCAUCGCCACAUCAGAGCUCAUGAUGGUCUAGGAUUUGUGGUCAACGUCCCAAUGCUCAUCGAUGAAGAAGCAUGGGAUGCCUAUGUUCGACCUUAUAUGGAUCAAUGGAAUGACCUUGACAACGCUGGACAAAGGCCACCUCAUACAGCUGAUGACGAUCAGGUCGCCUUGAUGGCCAGACGACCCAGACUCAUUGUGACGUCAUCGAGCACUUCCACAUCAAGCUCUGAAACAGCAGUCUCACAAGAUCUUAUGUCGAGAUCCAGAAGUAGAGAACCUUCUAGUGGAUCCAGUACAUGGCACAGAACUGUUAUCUUCGAUUUGGAUGGCUCUGUUGUGUCUUGUUUACUGCCGAGUGCCCUAGAAGAAGAACGCAAGAGAAGAAUAGCAACAGCACUCAACAUCAUGCCUGCGGAUAUCACUGAGAUUCAUGCCGUUGUUGAUCGACCAGACGAUCUAGUGGCAACUCAACUGCAGUGUCUGUUGAUCCAAAGAAGAUCGGAUUACAGACCCACUGACUUCUUGCGUCUGGUCCUCCUGGACCUUGAGAUCACAGGACCAAACGAAGUUUUGCCAGGCAUUUUCAGGAGACUGGCCAAAUGGCUGCCUCAUGUGACGACGACCACGUCACUUAUGCGCAUUCUUCGUCUGGAAGAUCUAUGGCACCAACAUGAAGACAACACGCAUGUCUGGAUCAACAAUGUACGAAUUGACGUUCAUCAAACACAACCUCACACCAUUGAAGAUGGAGAUUAUCUCAAAAUCUACAUUGGUAGUGAUGACAACAUGUUUCAAUGCGGCGAGACAGGAGAUGAAAUCACUCUGAUACAAAGUCCUGGUGUGAUACAGCACAAGGUGGGAGAACAACAGAUCUCCAAUGUCGCCCGUCUUGAUGUUUGUGAAGCCAGAGAAGGCAGAAGAGUGAGGCCCAGAAGGGCUGAGACACCUCCUGAUGAAAAUGAAGCUGAAGUCCAACGUCUACAUGAAAUCUGGAACCGGCCGUUGCUGCAAACCCGAGGAAUGAUGAACGAGCCUGUCAUGAUCUUUGAAACAUGGUUCAUCAGUGCUCUGGAUUUCCCAAGGUGCUCAACAGCACGGAAUGCAGCAUUACCAGAAAACGUUAGAUCUUGGGAAUAUGCGCUGCGCCAAGUGUGGCGCGACAGACAGCAUCCGCAUUGGCCGUUACGGAUCAUCCAGAUCACACCAACGCCGGCCGGAGCUGCCCAUGGUGGCCACCUUCUGGUAUUGCAACAUGAGCACCCAGCUGAAGCGGGAAUACUCAUUUCUACCUUUGGAAAGCCCACCAUCGAAAGGUUCGCUCAGCUGGUCCCAUGUGAUCUACCAUUUGAACGUUUUCUAUGGUUUGCUGAUCAGGAGGAUUAUUGUCACCGAGCUCAAGUGACAUGUUCCGUAUACCAUGACCGACAGCAACUUCUCCCUCCAAUGCCAUGGAGAGCGGAGAAUGGGCAACAUCUGGAGAUUCAUGUCAAACGAAGGGCAAAUGCUGAGUUACAUCUGGGACCGCAAAAUGAGGCUGCCUCUGUGGCGAUGGACAACCCAACCUGCUCUUUGGAUGAUUUCGUGUUCAAUCCCAAUGCGCCAUCUUUUGCCCCCGGUACCACUGCAAUAGAGGCGAUGCCUGAAGUCAUACAAGAUCUCCAUGAAGAAUGGCUUAGAGUGGCAUACAGUUGGCAAGGAGAAGAGCCCAGUGCUGAAGUGACGACAUGGUACGUCGAUCAAGCAGACAGACCACAACGUGUCUGUUGGCAUCCACGUAACAUUUUACUGGACUCUCAAUUCUCCAGAUGGGAACAACAAAUCCGCCAACUCUGGCAGGACAGAAUCAUUCCUGAUGCACCUCUAGAUUUUGUUCUAGUUUCUCCAAUGCCACCACAACAUGGACGACUUGUGGCAGCGCACGUGAUUCUUGUCCAAAGACCACAACCAGAAUUGGUCACGAGCUUGAUCACAGUCUAUGAUGUCACGCAGCCAGUACGAGGUCCCGCUGCUCAACUUGCACUCACGACCACCGAGCAUGUCUUUCUAGAGCACCUGAUUCACAGUUUGGGGCUCACACAAAGAUGUCUACUGGCCAACGCUGAUCGGCUAUGCCAAGCUUGGUAUGGAAGACAACCACUGAUUUUGGGCCAACCUCUACAAGGACGUGAUGGUUAUGGAAUCUUGAUGCAAUUGUCAACCAGACCUCAGGUUGCGACCAGAGACCACACUGCUUUUCUGCAGAUUCGAGCUAGCGUCUCUCGAGACGCUGGCGAAGAUCAAGAUCUCACUGGAUUGACUUGGGGUGUUAAGCUCCAAUCUGGACAUCAAGACAUCAAGGAUUUCUAUUAUGAGACCGAGAGGUUCUUCUACAUGUUUUGCAAUGAAGACACAAGUGAUGUCCAUGGAUGCAUCCUUCAUUCGCAGACCACACACCUGAGUCAAAUUGACAUGAUGAGCAUGCUGGACUCACUAGGAUAUCCAAGAGCUGUCAUUCUUGAAGAAGCACACCUAGAAUGCGGGCUGCUUCGUGUUCUCUUCUGCAACAACAUGCCACUGCAGACGGCGCCCGAAAAACCGCUGCGAGCAAGAACUGCAUGGCCGGAACGCCAUAUUGAAGUGUGGAAUGAAAUGCCACUCUUUCCGAAACAGCGGCCUUUGCCUCAAGCUCUUAUGGCAGACGACCAUCAGCAGCAAGUCUGGACAGGUUUUGAUUGUCAAGAUCUUGCAGAACUUUUGGGAGCAGCAAAAACUUUUUUGCAAACUGACUUCUCCGGUAUUGACUUACCUGACUUUGUACGGGAUGCUGUAGUCAAACCGAGAAGCCAACAACAUUAUGAUCGCUGGUUGGUGUACACUGAUGGAUCCUCCCAGACUUCGAUGCGCAGAGUGACACCACAACAAGCUGACGAAGAAGGACUGCCAGACACCUGGUCAAUGCUUGUCUUGGGAGAAAAGUUCACAACUGAUGGAGCUUCAAUUGUAGAACCCCUAGGUUGGUGCGCGCAUCCGGUGAGGUAUGAUGAACAUGGUGCCUGUUACACCGGAGCACAACGCAUAGGUGCAGAAGUAGCAGAACGAGAUGCUCUUGUCUGGGCAGGACUCUGGCGCAUAGCGCAAGACAGUGUUACACCUACGGUGUUUUGUUGCGAUUCACUUACCAGCGGCAAGCAAGCCUUCGGCCUCAUCAGCGCAGGGACGGCAGAUCUCUCUUAUAGACUGCUUCGAGGUUUGUUUCAAGCCCUUGAACAUGGGCUUCCAGCAGGGCAUCUACAACUUCAUCAUGUGCGAUCCCACGCUGGUGAUCCGUACAAUGAGUUUGUUGAUGCAACGGCCAAGAUCGAAGCUCGUCGAAGCUUCCAUCAUUGUCGGCCGGCUCUGGAUAUGCAAAAAUGGAAUUGCAUCAUACCGCACCUCUGGCUCGUUUUUGCACAGAACAGUGGAUUGCCAAACUGGUAUGAUGGCACACUUGCCACAGCAAGGCCAGCACUUCCAGCUGCUCACAAUCCCACGUUGCCAGAUGAGACGACGACAGGCAUCACACUGCAGACUGCAUGCUCAUUGAGCAUUGCAACUGCAAAUGUGCUGUCAUUAUCUCGGGGCCCAGAAGGAUACGGAGGCAAACUCCAUUACUUGUUCGUGCAAAUGAAACAUUUUGGCCUCAAUGUUCUGGGAGUCCAGGAGGGACGAGCAGAAGAGUUGACCACCACGUCAUGCGACAUUUUGAGACUCACCAGCGGCCAUCACAACAAGAAUGGUGGAGUCGAGCUCUGGGUCAAUCUAGGGCAGCCGGUGGCUCACAGAUCUGACGGAAGUGCGAUUCACUUCUCCAAAGAUCAAUUUCAAGUUGUCCAUCGAGAUCCUCGUAGACUCCUUGUCAAAGCAGACAACCAGUGCCUGAGUUGCUGGUUCUUUGUGGGACAUGCGCCGCAUACUGGAAGACAUCGAGAUGAACGUGCUGAGUGGUGGCAACAAACACACGACAUCCUCACUGAGUUCACUGAUGAUGCUCCUUGCUUCUGGAUCCUGGAUGCCAAUGCAGCCCCUGGAGAAGCUGACAACAAGGCCGUAUACCAGCGGGGCCUUUGCACAUCAGCCAACACGGAUCUGUUCCGUGGUGCGUUGAAAAAAUUUGAUAUGUGCCUGCCUUCCACAACAUGCAUUCAUCAAGGCACCAGAGAGACAUGGACUUCCAUUGAUGGCAACAAGCUCUGUUGCAUUGAUUAUAUUGCGAUACCUUUGACAUGGCUAUCGUCGUGUGUGUGGUCACAAGUGCUUGAAGAUUUUGAUCUCGCGACGGCGCGAGAUGACCAUCGUGUUGUCGGACUUGAAUUGCGAUGGGAUGCUCUGGUGACAUUGCCUUGCAGCCGGAAAGCCUUUGCCCCCAUUGAUUGGACAAGUUCAAGCCAGCGAGAACAAGCACGUGGAAAAUUGGCACAAAUUGUGGUACCACCAUGGAACACCGACAUCAAGACGCAUGAAAUCACUGUACGACAGCAAUUUCAUCAUGCAAUCCAGCGUACUGGCAAAGAUGGGAAGUCAAGGCCGAAGAAGGCAUACAUCGACCAUGAAGCAUGGAGCCUUCGCUCACAACUUUUGAAAUGCAGGAAGACCCUCAAGCAGCUCAGACGCAACAUUGCUCGAGAGGCGCUUUUCAAGGUCUUCCGUGCCUGGUCAGGCACUAUGAAGCUUAGUCAAGUGGAAGAGGCCUUCAACUAUGGAUCCUCGCUACGUGCUGCCCAGGUACGAAGUAUGGCUGCUUUCUGUCACUUUCGUUUCUCAUUGAGAUCGCAUCUGCAGUCAGCCAAACACCGCCUCAUGCUCCAGCGAAUGGAACACAUUAAUGAACAUACUGCGGCGCACAGCAUCCUCCACUUGCUGCGUGAAUUUACUGGGCCAACUAAUCCCAGAAAAGCCAAGAAAAGGACUUUGCCGCUCAUUCAUGAUCAACAAGGGCACCCGUGCAGAUCUCCAGAGGAAGCCACACAACUUUGGAUCCAGUUCUUUUCAGACAUGGAAGGUGGACAACGCCAGUCACAUGCUGCCUUGAGAGAAGACUGGUGUCAACAUCUUCAUGACAUGCCUUCUGAACCAUUUCAAGUACAAGCACAGGAACUUCCAACGCUUGUGGACUUAGAACUGGCAUUUAGAAGAGUAUCAUGUGGAAAAGCUACAGGGCCUGACAGGAUUCCUGGCGAGACCUGCCACUAUGCACCGACAACAUGUGCCAAGGCGACUUUUGCGGCUUUGUGGAAGCUUCUGCUCUUUGGCCACGAGGCGUUGAUGCACAAAGGUGGCCUCCUUGUACAAGCUUACAAGGGGAAAGGAGUCACAAAACAAUGUGCCUCGUAUCGCUCACUCCUCAUCUCCAGUCAUAUCGGUAAAGCACUACACCGAACUUUGCGAACCCAUCAAGCAGGUGUAUUUGAAAGCUUCUUACAAGCACAACAGCUGGGAGGUAGGCGAGCAAUGCCUGUGACCUAUGGGGUCCACCUCACCCGAGCCUACAUGCGGCAGGCCAAGGCGGCUGGACAAUCCACAGCGAUUAUCCUGCUUGACCUCAAGGAAGCAUUCUAUCGCAUCCUUCGGCCACUCUGUAUGGAUGGCCCACUUACAGAUGAGAUGCUGGCCCGAUUGAUGCAUACGCUGAAAAUGCCCGCUGAAGCUCUCCACGAACUUCAUCAGCUGCUUGGCGCACCCUCUGCGUUGAGUGAUGCAGGGUUGUCCAUCAUGGAACAACGCAGCUUGCGUGCAGUGCAUCUGCAAACGCAUUUCUGGAUGCUCAACCAGAAGGACGUGGUCCAGACGCAUCACGGCACCCGACCGGGAGAUCCGUUCGCGGACUUUGUCUUCAGUUAUGUUUGGGCAAAAGUCCUUCAUCGACUCCAACAUUUCAUGAGACAGCAUGACCUCAUCAGCUCAUUUCCAAAGCAUGACAGGCUGCUUCUGUUUGAAGAUGUGGAGAGUCAGGCACAGGAAGAGUUCAUUGGACCAACGUGGAUGGAUGAUCUCGCAGUUUGCCUUGCAGGACCUUCGGCCGAAGGUAUUGUCCAAAAGGCUGGAGUGGUUGCAGGACGUCUUCUUGAGCUGUGUUUGGAGCAUGGAAUGACGCCCAACCUCUCAAAGAACAAGACAGAGGUGCUCCUCUCGCUACGAGGGAGCAAUUCCAGAAGACAGAAAACCAUCCAUUUUGGACCACAUGCAACAGGGGUUUUGCCUGUCAUCACUGAGUAUGGCAUGAAGCAGAUACCACUGACGACGAGCUACGUCCACCUCGGCGGCUUGCUCCAUCAUGCCUGUGAUCAGCGAGAUGAAAUCAAGCGACGAUUAGGCAUCGCCUUCUCCACUUUGAAUCAUCACCGCCGCCUGAUCUUCAGAAACUGGAAAAUCCCUUUGCAGAAACGAUGCCAGCUCCUGGAAUCUCUGAUCCUCAGCAAACUCCUUUAUGGAGCGGAAACAUGGGUUGUUACAGAAGAGGCCACAGUAGCUCAUUUUCAUGCGGCUGUGGUACGUCUAUACCGCAGACUGUUACCGACACCAUUUGACCAACAUUUGGCGGAUGACGAGGUCCUGACACAGCUCCACAUGCCUAGCCCCAUUGAACUCUUGCGCAGGGCACGUUUGAGAUAUGUGGCGACUCUGCAUCAUUGUGGAGAACGCAAAGAAUGGGGAUUGUUAGCUGCUGACAGGGCCUGGAAGAGCCUUAUUGAGGAUGAUCUGAUCUGGAUGUGGAUGCAGAUUAGGCACAGCUCGCACAUGCCGGAUCCUAGACAGAACUGGCCACGUUGGCGUGAAGUCAUUUGCUUCCAUCGUUCUUAUUGGAGGAGGUUGACGCGAAGAGCAACAGAGCAUGCUAUCCUACAGCGUGAAAAGAUGUGGCGCACACACGCCUUCUAUAUUCAGCUAGCAGGACAUCUUCGCACGACUUUUGACUAUGCGCCCCACCAACAGCCAGUUCACCUGAAGCAUGGAGUCUUCGGAUGCUUGCUGUGCCGCAAGCGUUGUCGCAACAAAGCUGGCGAGGCUGCACACAUGUUCCGAGUACACAAGCAGGUAGCUCGUCGGCGUCUUUUGGUAGAUGACAGAGUGUGCCCAGCAUGCUUGAAGAAUUUCCAUUCCAUGGGCAAACUCACUGCGCAUUUAUACUAUGCCAAACAGUGCCGCCGCACACUACAUAGUCGCAACUAUGCAUGUGAUAUUGUACCUGGAAAGGGAUCUUAUGAAGAUCGUGAAAAGCUUCAAGCGCAUGACAGAUUGCUCCCACCGAUUCAAGCUGAAGGACCACGGCAACCGUCAUUGCGAGCUCGGGAAGAGACAGAAGUUGACUCCGAGCUGCACAUGUAUUUCAUGGAAACCUUCCUUGACGUGACGGACGUGGAGACGGCGAUUCAGCUCAUCAUCAACGAGGUGGCGCAGCGCCCUAUCUCUUGGACUACCUGGACAGCUACGCUGCAGUUCUUCAUGGACACUAUUGAUGAGGAGGACGCACAGCUUUGGAAUAGCUCACAUCACGAGGUGAUUGAGCGACUGGAGACGCUGCUGGAUCCACAGCAAUGGUCCCUGGAUGCUCCGCUGCCAGUGAACCCUGAGACGCUCGACGAGCUUGAGCAGGAGUGCAAAGACUUUGCUGUCACGGCCUGGCCGACACAAGCCGAGAUCCCCAGAGAAUUUAGCAGACACAGAGUUCUAUUGCACAUGUUUUCAGGCCGUCGCCGCCCAGGCGAUCUACAAUUUUUUCUGGAUGGCAUGGAGGCUCCUCCGCAUUACACACUACAUGUUGUCAGCAUGGAUAUCGUGGUCAGUGCCAUUUGGGGAGACGCUAUGGCACCGGGCACGCGAAGCUACUGGCAAAAAGCGGCAUUGGAUGGCUUCGUGGUCGCCUUGAUGGCGGGACCUCCGUGCGAGACUUGGUCAAAAGCGAGGGGCCAGGCCAUCAAUGCCAUGCCGAACCGACGGCUUCCGCGCAUUCUGCGUACUGCAGACCAGCUGUGGGGGCUGCCAAGUCUCGCCCUCAAAGAAUUGGAACAAGUGCUCACGGGCAACCAGCUCCUUUCCUUUACUUUGCUGAUGGCGGUGAUCAUGGUCCAAGUGGCUGGGAUUGGGGCCAUUGAACACCCAGCUGAACCUGACGACGCAGAAGCUGCUUCGAUCUUUCCAGCAGUGCUAGCCUUGUUGAACGCACCAGGCGUCCAACGCCAUCGACUGGCACAAGGCCUUUUUGGCGCCCCAUCGGCGAAGGCCACGGAGCUGAUGGCCAUCAACAUGCCGAGCCUGGUCACCAACCUUCGUAGCUGGAUGUUAAGAAAGGAAUUGCCACGUGGCGCGUCGAUCGGGUUGACAUCCGACGGCCAGCGGCGUACAGGGGUACUCAAAGAGUACCCACCUGCCAUGUGCGGAGCGCUGGCUUCUUCCUUCCGUCAUGAACUUGACCAAGUUCAGACGAAGGCUGGCGGAGAUCCAACUGCACAGGACCUAGCCCUGUGGGCGUCACUGGAGGUGACAUCGUACAGUGCCCACAUCGGCGCAGAUUAUGCAGGAUGA